CCGACAGGGACGACCAAUCGUUACCGCGGUGCGUCAUAUGUUUCGCGAUCGACGCGAUUCGGUUGGUGCAUUGCGUCCGGUCGGCUUGCGCGCACGCGCACACCCGCACUUAUUCGCACUUCUUUCCUGGUGAUAAGAGGAUAAGACCGCGGCGACGGUACCACUCGCCACUUGGUCACAGGAUUUUUACGGGAUUCCGCGAUAACCGUCAACGGCCGGAGUUCGUCCGCCGACUUGUUCCGCGUGCAGUCGGUUCCGUUCGGGUUGCACCACUCGUCUCGCCAGGUCGUUGUUCUCCGUUGCCCAACAAGAUGAGCGUCGACAUGGCGGAAGAUGGACAGGACGAGGAGAACGUCUCGUAUGGCAAUUGCGAGGGUCCAGACGCCAUGUACGUUAAAUUAAUCUCAAGCGACGGUCAUGAAUUCAUUGUGAAACGAGAGCACGCCUUGAUGUCAGGCACGAUCAAAGCUAUGUUGAGUGGCCCUGGACAGUUUGCUGAAAACGAAACCAAUGAAAUCCAUUUCAGAGAAAUACCCUCGCACGUUUUACAAAAGGUGUGUAUGUACUUUACGUAUAAAGCUCGUUACACUAAUAGCUCAACUGAAAUACCGGAGUUUCCCAUUCCACCGCAAAUCGCAUUGGAAUUACUGAUGGCUGCAAACUUUUUAGAUUGUUAACACCUGAUAUGUAAUGCAAAAAAUUACAAUCUACAUUUUUUAAAAAAUA